CACGCUCUAUUCUGGAGCAAUGAAAAAGUAGAACCGGGGAGGCCACCGAGGCAACCCAAGAUCAUUCGGGUAGCGCGGAUCCUUAUAUGCAGGCAGGCUGCGCCACGCGUCGGGAGAACGGACGGAGUAAGAUCUCAGCAACGAAAAGGAUGGAGGGUCUGAAGGAGACACGGGGAAUUUUGGAUUGAGGAGAGGAGGGGACGAGGGACGGAAGACCGCCCGAUGAACGACAGUUUUUUUCUUGGAUAUUUUUUGUGUGCUUUUUUUAGGGGGGAUUUUGGAUAAUUUUUGCGGUUGAUCAAAAUGCCAUUUGCCAAAAGGAUUGUAGAACCCCAGUUACUGUGCAGGUUACCUAUUCCAAAUGACGAAGGCUCGCUCAACGUUGAGGAUCUGUGCUCCAUCAAUAAUGUGGUGCUCUCGCGGACCUUGCGGCAGCUCUCCGACCUGGCCAAACACGCCUGCUCCCUAUUCCAGGAGCUGGAGAACGAGAUCAUGUCCACCAACCAGAGGGUCUGGGUUCUGCAGAAUAAAAUAGGGAAGAUCCAACAGAACGCCAGCGGUCUAGAUCCCAGACAGGAGGCAGUGCCAAUGACUGCUUCUGGAGAUUGGUUGAAGAACAGAGAGGCAUGAGUGUGGUGUUCUGGGUAGAGACUGAGGAGGAGAAGAGACAAUGAGAUCAUCUUGCUUGGCUUCACCGCGAUCGGGGGACGACUGACUGAACCCUAACGGGGUUGGGGCUAGAGAAGAGAAGAGGAGGAGAAGGAGUGGAAAGGAGUAGAUGAGAGGAGUCGAGGACAGAGGAAAGGAGAGGCGAGGAGAGGAAAUGAGAGGAAGGUUAGAACCAGAGAACAGAGGUGUAUUUAUUAAGUAACCUAGAGAUGAACAGCAACAAGGGAAUAAAUGAAUGUACUGAUCUAUUUGAUGAGGAUUCAGGUCAAAGAGACAGAGAAGAUAGAGAGAGAGAGAUAUAGAAAGAACGAGAAGAUAGAGAGAGAGAGAUAUAGAAAGAACGAGAAGAUAGAGAGAG